UCAUCCAGCUGCUGCUUUCAGGUAGAAAAGUUUAAAUAAAGUUGAUUUCACUUUUUUCCUCAAAGUGAAACGUGGUCAAAUUAUUACAUUUUCCAAUGAAAUCGUCUGAUUCUUAGUUUCCAAAGAAAAAACUGGAGAAGAAAUAUUUGAUGUGAAUAAUGAGUCGACUGUGAGGCAACGACAUCUCCACACAGUCAGUCCCUGUGUGUGUGUGUGUGUGUGUGUGUGUGUGUGUGUGUGUGUGUGUGUGUGUGUGUGUGUGUGUGUCACAGACAGAUAAAGUCCUUCUGUCCUCAGUAUCUCCUUCCUUUAGUAGAACAGCAGAAAUCUGUGAUCGUGUGAUUGGUGGUUGCAGUGUUUUGUUGGAUGAUGUCACACUGUGUCGAUCCACUUUCACAACUUCUAAAAUACGUCGCGGGCCCCUCCCCUUUGAUAAUAUUAGUGUCCUUGUCACACACACACACACGUUUGUACUUCUAUUUCAGUGAGUACAAUCAUUGGCAUAAUACAUUCCCUAGCCCCUAACCUAAGCCUAACUCUAACCUAAACCUGAUUCUAACCCUAAAACUAAGUCUGUACUGUUAAACAGUCCAUUGAAAAAGUGAGGACCGACCAAAAUGUCCUCACAACGAUGGUAUUGAACCAAAAUUGGCCCUGACAACUACAGAAACACACACACACAGAAACAGUGUUUCUCUCCCCUCCCUCAAUGACCCCACACACAGCUCCAUCACAGAGUCACACUGUGUUGUUGUCUAUCUAGACAACGCACACACACACACACACACACACACACACACACACACACACAGCAUGGCCGCCGCCGUCUCGUCUCUCCGCUGUCCAUCGCCUCAGACCUUCAUCAUCUUCCUCUUCGUCCUGUCAGGCGGACCGUUUUGGCCCGUUUCCUGCUUCAAGGUGCCCGAGGGGGGCGUGGCCUCCCUGUCCUGUCAGUACUCGGUGCAGCGUCUGGGUCUGAGUCGUGUCUGCUGGGGCCGCGGCUGUGGAACCUUCUGGUGCAGCAACAUCCUGGUGCAGACGGACGAGAAGGGCGUCGUCUCGAAGGUGGAGGACCGCUACCGUCUGAUGGGGGACAUCCUGGACGGACAGAUGGACCUGGACAUCGAGAACGUGCGGCGGGCCGACAGCGGGCCGUACUGCUGCAGGGUCGACAUCGAUGGGAUCUUCAACGACAAGAAGGUGAUCAUGAACCUGAGAGUAGUGGAAGCUCCGGUUACAGCAUCUCCUCCAACAACGACGGUGACAGAUCAAGUCCUGGAGCCGUCGGCCUCCACAGGUCAGACGAAGGAUUCAUCAGUGAACUGGAAAACUCUGCUCUCGUCUCAGCUGGACCUUCUGAGGAGGAACUCCACGCUGCUGCGCUCCGACACCGGCACUGUGGAGGACUCUCUACCCUCUCUCUCUCUUCACAUUAAUGUUCCCGUGCUCUCUCUCUCCCUCACCGUGUUGUUGAUCUUGGCAUCAGUUCUCCUCUUUCUGGCCUUCAGACGUGGAAUUUACAGCAGAGCCUUAACGAGCGGCUGUUUCUCGUCUGAAGAACCUCCUCACAUCAUUUAUGAGAUCCGCAUGAGACGACCGGUCCAGGAGAACAUCUACACUCUGGACUAGAGACCCGCCAAACACAGCAGGACCAUCUACCACAGACCACCGACCACAGACCACCGACCACCACCACCGACCACAGACCACCGACCACAGACCACCGACCACCGACCACAGACCACAGACCACA